UUUUGCCGCAAUUAUGCUACAAGGAUGGAUAUACUACUGGUUAUCGAGUGGACUAAGUAUGGCAAUAUUUAACAUUUUUAUUGCCUCGAUUUUUUCCAUGCUGGUCUGUCUAAUCGAAAUAAAAAGCUGGACAAAACUCAACGCCAUAUCAAAAUUCUCACUGGCCUCAAUUUUAAGAAAACAAUUGGAAAAGUAUAACGAAUUAAGGAUCAUCGAAAGUCAAACCAACGCCACCUUCCGAGCCGUGUUCCUGCCCUGUAUCGUUCUCCUUUUCGCCGUUGCAAACAUCCUGAGCUCUUUCAUCUCCAUUUCGUGUCUCCGGGAUGGCACCUUGUUUCAUAAUUUUGGCCACUUGUACUUCCUUUUUAUCAGUUUGGAAUCUUAUUUGGGGUCUUUCUGCUUUGGAACGUUGUCCGGAAAGGUGAAUAAAGUGUCGAUCAAACUUUUACGGGGUCUUGGGAAACAUAGCGUUGCAGAUUAUCCCGCUCUACGGGAGAAAAUUGGAGCCUGUGCUCCAAUCAGGAUUCGUUUUGGGAAUAAUUUUUUCACUAUUUUGACACCUCUGGUAAUAAUUGGGGUUUGUGUAAAGUGGACGGUUAAACUGCUCCUGAUCAAGAUGGGGUGUUAGGGGAUUGUUGCGGUAUAUACAAUUGAAUUUCAUAAUCACUCCAAAAAAGGUGAUUAUGAUGUGAAAAAACGAUUAUAGACAAAUAAUGUAGGUUUGAUUUUUACAAGGAUUUUUUCAUAUGCAAAGUUUAUGGCGUACGGGUGAACUUUAGUUAAUUACUAAAGUUUCUGAACUAAUUUAGUUUUUCCUUAUAAAAUCCAGAAAUAGUCUGAAGCAGUUAACAAAGUUUACAAAGUUUUGUCUAAACUUUAAUACCGAGCUGUUAUAUAAGUACUACAUACACGGUAUUAUUUGUCAAUGCCAUAUUGGAAGUCAGAAAUGAAUACCGCCUUGUAUUAUUUAAAUACUGGAAUUCUAUGUAAGUGUUCAUGACACAUAAUGGUUCAUUGGUAAAUAAUAUUUCCUAUAACGUUAUCUCUGGAAAUGCUUGCGUAAAAAGGCCACAUUUGAGUUGUAACACGAUUUGCCAAUGUUUACCGACCGAGUCAUACAUACAUUCUUCCGGUUAAAUACAUCCAUUUCCAUGCCGGACGAAUAAAAUUUAAUAAUUUAUUGUUUAUCACAUAAAUACUUCUACAUUACACGCUCAGCUCAUAAUUUAUGUAAAUCCAUCAUGCAGAAACGGUUCGUUCAAUAAAG